CCCAGCGCAGAGCGGGCGCCGGCGGCACGGGCCGUCGCGGGAGCAGCAAGCGCUGGCGUCGGAUGCCUGCGCUACGCCAUCCCGGUGCUGCCGCGGCCUGGACUCCGCGGGGAGCACGGGCGAUCGGCGGGCAGCGGCGGCCGCUCCUUUGUGUCCCAGUUCAAGCAGUAUGUUUUUGACAGCAGAGAACUGGAAGACUGGUUGAUUGCCAUACUAAAAUGGAGUAUUUACCAGUGCAGUAACUAAGGUGCUGACAAGUUUUGACUUCUCCAUCCUCAUAAACAUGAGUGAAGUUCAGGCUAUGGUAGAAUUCUCCGUGGAGCUCCACAAAUUCUUCAAUGUGGAUUUGUUUCAAAGAGGCUUUUACCAGAUUCGUGCGUCUAUGAAAAUUCCUCCAAGAAUUCCACACAUAUUGGAAGCUAGUUUGUUACAUGGAACUGGUGCAACAGAUCUUGCCUUUCCUGCUUCAGUCCAUGACAAUAUAGUUUGCAGUAAAACGUUUCAGAUUCUUUACAAAAAUGAGGAAGUUUCUGUGAAUGAUGUGAUGAUUUUCAAAAUAAAAAUGCUGUUAGAUGAGAGGAAGAUUGAGGAGUCGCUUAAUGAAAUGAAUUUUCUGCUAACAUUAGAUUUACACUUCACGGAUACAGACUACUCACCAGAUGACCUGAGCACACUACAGCCAAUUAGUAGCCGAACUUUAAAGUUGCACUUUAACCUACACCAGGGCCUUCAUCAUUACGUCAAUGUCAUGUUUGAUUACUUCCACCUUUCUGUCAUAUCAGUUAUAGUCCAUGCUUCUUUGGUUGCUCUGCAUCAGCCAUUGAUAAGUUUUCCUCGCCCAGUGAAGAAUACCUGGUUGAACAGGAAUGCACCAGCACAAAGCAGGGACUCUGUGAUUCCUUCUCUGGAAAGUGUGGUCUUUGGCAAUAACUACACAAAACAAUUAUCAGCAGACGGUUGCAGUUUUGUUGUUUCAGAGUCUUUCCUCAGCCAUGCUUAUAAUUUCCACUAUACACUUUGUGCCACUUUGCUGCUUGCUUUCAAAGGGUUACAUAGAUAUUUCAUUACAAUAACCAAGGAUCUCCCCUCUUCUCACCGAAUUGAACUGGCCAAGGCCAGCAUGCAGGUCCUUUAUGAACGCCUUCUCAGAAGAAAAUAUCCACGAGCCCAGAGAUUCGCCUACCUAGAAAACAUAGAUGUAGAAAUUCGUCUUGCAGAAUUGUGUGAAGAAGUCAAGAAAAUGGAAAAUCCUGAUGAACUGGCAGAACUUAUAAAUAUGAAUCUUGCUCAGCUUUGCUCACUUCUGAUGGCUCUCUGGGGGCAGUUUCUGGAAGUCAUUACCUUACAAGAGGAGGUCACAGCUUUGCUAGCACAAGAGCAUCACACAUUAAGAGUGCGCAGAUUUGCUGAAGCAUUCUUUUGCUUUGAGCAUCCUAGGCAAGCUGCUCUUGCCUUUCAAGAACUACAUGCUCAAAGUCAUCUGCAGGUGUGUGCAGCUAUCAAAAACAUUUCCUUCUGCAGUUCUCUUCCACCCCUCCCAAUUGAAUGCAGUGAACUAGAUGGAGAUAUGAACUCCUUGCCUAUUAUCUUUGAAGAUCGGUAUUUAGAUUCAGUUACUGAAGAUUUGGAUGUACCUUGGUUGGUAGCUCAGAGUGUUCCAAGGGCUGAGUCCAAUAAACUGGAUAAAUUAGAAGCUGAAGAAGGUUUCGUUGCUGGUUUUAGUAGCCCAGACCUGAAAAUGAGACCUGCUGGUACCUCCGUCUUUUGGCAUUCAGAAGCUGAAAAGAUGCUAACAAAAACCUUCAAAGGGAAAAAUGAAGAUACAAAUAAAUCCAAAGCUAAGGUUGCUAAGCUCAUAAAAACAAUGAAAGCUGAAAACACCAAAAAAGUCGUAAAACAGAACUCAAAGGACUCUGUGGUGUUAGUAGGAUACAAAUGUUUGAUAAGUGCAGCACUGGAAAAUGCCUGUAGAAGGUUAGAUGGUGAGCCUUCGUACAGUGCUAACGAAGGGCUGGACCCUGGAGUAAGUGGAAUUCCUUGUGAUACAAAGGCCUGCAUCAGGCAAAUAACUCGAAGAGACCUUCCAUUGAUGCCAUAUGACGAAAUGGCCGUCAAGAUUGAAGGUGACCAACCAGGUCCAAGUAGUCCUGUGCACUGUGAAAAUGAGGCUAUUUUUGAUAGACUGACUAUCUCCCAGACAGGUUCUGGAACUGUUCAAGCAAAUAAUGCUUUACAACACAGGGGUACACUUGAAGAUUGUCAUGGAGGUCAACCAGCUUCCUCCUGUCCUUCAGGAGUCAGGACAACUGAGGUCAAAGCAAGUAAUAAGAAUCUUUAUGAAGAGGAGAAAGGAGUGGCUCAAACUGGAUCGUGGCCUAAGUUUUUACAAGAUGAGGAGCACAAAGAGAAUUUGUUGACACCCAGUAUUCAGUCUUCAGGAUCUGAAAAUAAAUUGAAUUUGGGAGAACAGGACCUCAUGCUUGAAAAGGAAGAGGUCCAUGAGAGAAACUGUCAGCAUACCAGUGACAUGUUGACAAAAAUGAAAAGCAAUCCAUCUACUCUUUCAACAAAAGAAAGUCAAAUCUCUGCAAGUGGAGACAUGACUAAAUUACCAGAUGUUAGUGUGACGUAUGCCUCUUCUAGAUUUUCAGAUUCAGGUGUAGAAAGUGAACCAAGUUCUUUUGCAACUCACCCCAAUCCUGAUCAUGUUUUUGAAAAUGUUCCUGGACAAAGUGCAUACAAUGGUGAGAAAGCAUUUCCUCAGCCUUUACUAAAACCAGACUGUGCAAUAAAAAACACAAUUGAAAGCCAUUGCACUGAGAGUACAAGUGCUGUAAGUGAAAUACAGUCAUCCCUGACUUCCAUAAAUUCACUUCCUUCAGAUGAUGAUGAGCUGUCACCUGAUGAGAAUUCAAAGAUAUCUGUUGUACCUGAAUGCCAGCUAAGUGACAGCAAAACAGUAUUGGAUCUAGGAGCAAUUGACCUGCCAAAAUGUGAUGACAGUAAAACAUCAAACACUGAUUUGCAGCAACAGCUUGUUGUGUGUUCAGGGCACUUGGAUAACAAAACUGUGUCUAAAAAUUCCUUACUCUCAGGAAAAAAAGAACUGUUACACUUGGUUGUUUCACAUGAAGGCACGCAUACUGAUGUGGAAAGUUACAGCCCACAAACAGGCCCUGACACAACCUGUAAGGACCCUCAGGACCUUGAAAGGCCUCCUAGAGCUACAGAAGAAACAGUUAAGUUGUGUUUGGAAACAACUUGCAUGGGUGAGCCAUCUGCUGUUUCAGGUUCUUCAUCUGAAAAUGCAGCGGUUAAAAAAACAAACAAAGAAAAACAUAAUGAGCCUUUAGAACUAAAGGACACAACUGAAGAACUGUCAGGAGCUAAAAGUGAAACUGGUACAGAUAAUCCUUCUCCAACUGGUAGUGCUGACAUGGUAAAGCAAGGGCUUGUAGAAAACUAUUUUGGCUCUCAAAGCAGCACAGAUAUUUCAGAUAUUUGGCCUAUGAACAAGAGCAAUCCUGUUAGCCCUCAAAAGGAAGCAUAUGAAAAACAAGUUAUUUGUUCUUCCCAACAAGAUGAGGAAGAAGAAGAGGAUCAAGAAAUGAUUGAAAAUGGGUAUUAUGAAGAAACCGAUUAUAGUAUAUUAGAUGGAGCAUGCAGUGCUGACCAGGAUCAUGGCUUAGCAGGAGAGAGAGUCCUGAGAUCUGAAAUGAUUGACAGUGGACACCUGCAAGACAUAAUGACUGUGCCUCCUGUCUGUACUCCUGGCUGUUUGUCUUUCCCUACUUCUCUGAGAGACUCUCCCUGCAAUGUUACCUCUUCUUCAAAGAAUAAAUCCGAUGCAAUUACACAACAGCCAGGCAGCACAUCCUACAGCUCAGCUUCAGCUGUUUCCUGGUAUGAAAGCUCCCCAAAACCUCAAAUGUUAGCUUUCCUACAGGCUAAAGAAGAAUUGAGGCAACUUAAACUUCCUGGAUUUAUGUAUAGUGAUGUUUUCAAACUGGCUUCUUCAAUACCUUAUUUCAGUAUGGAAGAUGAUGAGUGUUCAGAAGAAGGAGUACAUCUGAUAGUUUGUGUCCAUGGCCUCGAUGGUAACAGCGCAGAUCUAAGAUUAGUGAAGACUUACAUUGAGCUAGGGCUGCCUGGAGGAAGAAUUGAAUUUCUUAUGUCUGAAAGAAAUCAGAAUGAUACCUUUGCUGAUUUUGAUUCCAUGACAGAUCGCCUUUUAGAUGAAAUUAUACAGUAUAUACAAAUUUAUAAUCUACCCCUUUCCAAAAUCAGCUUUAUUGGACACUCACUGGGUAAUUUAAUAAUCCGUUCAGUGCUCACAAGACAUCGAUUUAAGUAUUACCUCAACAAGCUUCAUACCUUCCUGUCUCUGUCUGGACCACAUCUUGGUACCCUCUACAACAGCAGUGCUCUUGUUAAUACAGGACUGUGGUUUAUGCAGAAAUGGAAGAAGUCUGGUUCUUUAUUGCAACUGACAUGUCGAGACCAUUCAGAUCCACGACAGACAUUCUUAUAUAAACUUAGUAAAAAAGCAGGUCUUCAUUACUUCAAAAACAUUGUGUUAGUAGGAUCUCUGCAGGAUCGUUAUGUUCCUUAUCACUCUGCUCGCAUUGAGAUGUGUAAAACAGCUUUAAAGGAUAAACAAUCAGGACCAAUUUAUGCUGAAAUGAUCCAGAACCUGCUUCUGCCAGUUCUUCAAAACAAGGAAUGUAAUUUGGUUCGUUAUAAUGUAAUUAAUGCAUUACCCAAUACAGCAGAUUCUCUCAUAGGGAGAGCUGCACACAUUGCUGUUCUUGAUUCAGAAAUAUUUUUAGAAAAAUUCUUUCUUGUUGCUGCCCUAAAAUACUUUCAGUAGAGAAAAGCAUUGUCAGAGACUUGGUUAUUACCUCAUUAACAGAUGAAUUCAGAUAAUGUGUGGUGUUAAAGUAUAGCUGCAGCUGUAUUUUAAGAGAUAUUUAUACUUUUUAUAUGGAAGAUAAUUUAUAUCAUCCACACUUAGGGCUUUUUAACAUCAACUUUACUUUCUAGGUAAUGUGACUGUGCAAUAUUUUUUUAUUUUGUUCUUUUUACUUUUCUAUUACUUUUUCUUAAUUUUGGGUACCUAAUUAUUUGGAGAUUAAAGCACAGUGUGUACUUUUGUUUGGUUGGUUAUUGGCUUUCAGACAACAGAAGUCGAUGUUACUUGGCUACAUUUUACAAGAGGCUUUAGAUGCCAAAAAUAAAUUGGAUUUUAAAAUUCUAACAA